GCCGCCAGGGUCCCCCGCUAGUUAGGGGCACUCCCGUCCCUCUCCCCCUGCCCCACCCCCGCCGAUGGGCCGGCCCAGCUCUCCCUGCCGAGAAAUGGGCCGGUCCGGUGGCGCGCGGGCAGCGGCGGCGGCGGUGGCGGCCCAAGAUGGCGGAGCUGCAGCUGGACCCGGCGAUGGCAGGGCUGGGAGGGGGUGGCGGGAGCGGGGCGGGCGACGGCGGCGGCCCGGGCCGUGGGCCCCCCAGUCCUCGCCCGGCUGGCCCCACGCCCCGCGGACACGCCCGCCUGCCCGCUGCCGUCGCGCAGCCGCUGGACCCAGGUCCUGGACCGCCCGAGCGGGCUGGGGGCGGCGGCGCGGCCCGCUGGGUCCGGCUGAACGUGGGCGGCACCUACUUCGUGACCACCAGGCAGACUCUAGGCCGGGAGCCCAAGUCUUUCCUCUGCCGCCUCUGCUGCCAGGAGGACCCGGAGCUGGACUCGGACAAGGAUGAAACAGGAGCCUAUCUGAUUGACAGAGACCCCACUUACUUUGGUCCUAUCCUAAACUACCUCCGCCAUGGGAAACUCAUCAUUACCAAGGAGUUGGCAGAAGAAGGUGUGCUGGAGGAAGCAGAGUUUUACAACAUUGCCUCUCUCGUGCGGCUGGUUAAGGAAAGGAUACGAGACAACGAGAACAGAACUUCACAAGGCCCCGUGAAGCAUGUGUACAGGGUCCUGCAGUGCCAAGAGGAAGAGCUCACACAGAUGGUCUCCACCAUGUCUGAUGGCUGGAAAUUUGAACAGCUGAUCAGCAUUGGAUCUUCCUAUAACUAUGGAAAUGAGGACCAGGCAGAAUUCCUCUGUGUUGUYUCCAGAGAACUAAAUAAUUCUACCAAUGGCAUCGUCAUAGAGCCAAGUGAAAAGGCGAAGAUUCUUCAGGAGAGAGGAUCUCGAAUGUAAGCUGAGAAUCCAAAAUUUCAGAAUCCGGAAAGGCAAGAGGGCAAUUCAGCAAAAUAGCUCCAUGCAGUUAAGUCUACACCUGUAUGAUAACUGAGCUACUGCAAAGCAAAGCUGAGCCUGCCCCAGUGAAGAAGUGUCCUGGUUAAAACCAAAGGAACCCCACCCACCCUUGGGACUCCAGACAGACGCACCUCUGGCUGCAGAUCCCCUUUUCAGAACCUGCUUUUGUUCUUAUAGCCAGUGUUGUGACAGAUCUUUACAACAGCAGCAUGCUGGGUCUCCAAAUGGAGCCUUUGGGGAUCUGGGGGAAGGAAGAAGGAGGAAGGCCUAGCUCCUUGGAAACAGCCUAGCCAUCAGGGAAGCUGGAGCAGACAAAGGAGGACUGUCCCAAGCUGUGCCCUGGUCUCACCUGCGUGUGCCACUCUUUCCCCCUGCUGGGCACCCUCCAAGAUUUGUAGCAGAUGCAGAGGGUUCUAGCUUCAGUGUGUGAAAUUGAGGUUCUGACACAGGAUGGAAUCACCAGAGGACCCACAUUCUCGUGAGCAAAGCCUCUCAGGCAGGAGACGCUGGGGUGUCCUCUGCCUUGGGAGGGUGGCGGUUCCUGCUUUCCCACAAGUGGCUUUGUCUGAUUAGUCUCCAGCARCUGGGCUCAGUGUGACCAGCCUCUCAGGAAGAGGUUUGAGGCAGGUGGCAUCCUGCACCAAGUCAGGGGAGUGCCAGUGGUUGGUAUGGCUGCUUCUGCAGCCUCCUCUUAGACCCAUUGACCCCAUCUUCCCUGGCUUUUUAAUCUGGACCAAAGAUAAAGGACUUUGAGGAUCCUUUGAUGGCUUGGGGUGGGGAAGACUAUCUGUUUUGAAGUUGCCAAAUGUGUCAUGUCGUACCUAAAAGUGUUGCUUCUGUGAUUUGUGUCUUGAAAAUGCCCUGACCAAACGUGCGAUAUUUUGUCUCUCCUUGGUGUCGUCUAACCUUGGCAAACCUGCCCCACAGCACUGUAGUGACUCCACACCAACCCCAGCAGUGUGUGCACUUUGGUGGGCAGUCUGCAGACUUCCUGUGUCUCUGUCCCCACCACUGCUCCUUCCUGGGGACUGCCACAUUGGUGAGAAUAGAGUACUUUUCUGACCAGCAUGCCACAGAGGCCUCUUUAGGCUGUGACCACAGAACUUGUAAUUGCAACUUGUAAUUCAAGUGUCCRUGAGUAGUCGGGGAGGCAGAGGGGCUGGGGAAGCCUUUAUUUUCCCUAGACAGCUUUCAGCAGGCACAUGGUUGAAGAGGAGGGUGUACCAUUGAGGUUCUCUCUGCUCCACAGUUCAGCUCCUUGCCAGGGGCUCAAGGUUAGUGAUUUCUGGAGGGACUAGACUCUAGUCCAGUGCCUAUUGACCUUGUGGCCUGACCAUGCCCAGAUGGUUUAGCUUUUUUCAGGAGUCUCACUUUUUCCUUCUCUGUAGAAUAGUGUAGAAAUGUGCGUACAGGGCUCCUUCUGCACCUGCGUCAACACAGUGUAAAUGUACAUGUUGGCGCCUCAGAAGUCUGUCUGUGCUUGGUGUUCUCAUAGCUGUAAUGUGUUAGGUGAACUUCCUACAGGAGGAGUAGACACCCCUUCUUCCAAAGGGCCACAGGCACCCACCCUAUCACACCU